AUGGCUGCCUGUCUGGGAAGUCUCAUAGCUCUAACGGUUUUAUCGUUAUCCGAAAUUCAGGCGUGCGGUAGAAAUCCUUCUUUGGGUACCAUCUAUGAUUUCAAUGUUACAGAUAUCGACGGACGAGAGAUCCAACUGAGUAAAUACAGGAACAAAGAACCUGGGACCGAUCAAGAAAUAAAACAACGUGUAUUGGCCAAGUAUAACAUAACAUUUGAUUUAUUCCACAAAAUUGAUGUGAACGGUGAUAACGCUAUCCCACUCUACGUUUUCCUUAAGCAAUCCGUAUCAUCUUGGUUUUCCAGAAAUAUUGAGUGGAAUUUUGUUAAAUUUCUGGUAGACAGGAAUGGGUAUCCUGUAUCUCGUUACAGUUCAAUAACUUCACCAAAUACUAUGGAACCAGAAAUUAGAAAGUUACUUGGCCUUCAAGAUCAGCAAUAA